AGCUUGAGUUGAUGUUUCUAAAGUGUAACGUAAAUAAUUAUAAAAUAUCAAAAACAUACUGCAAAAGUUAUUCUUUUAAUCUUUCAUAAAUAAUGAGUACAUUUUGAUAUGGAGUUUCUAACAUGGAUCUACACAGCAAAAUAUUUUGUCAAAACCUAUAUAUUUGAUUAAGAAUUUCGUUUCGCGCUUGUAUCAAGCAAAAUGGAUUUUCACUCAGAUAUUGUUGAAACUGUUACGCCAUGCCUAUCUUACGAAAAUAUGAAUUAUUGGAAAACUGAAGAUAGUGGUUAUCAUACUCCGGGAUCAUUAGAAAGCUCAGAAAUAUCAGGUGAAAAUUUCAAUCACGCAAUCUUUAACGAUAAAUUAAGUUUCACAGGCCAGUUUCAAGUUGAUUGCUUAAAUCUUUCUAAAGAAUUUAGUCCAAGAUUAAAGUAUAGUACUGGCUUAAUAAGAUCAAGUGAAAGUUAUAAUGAAUCCCCCCAAAACCGCAGAGGGCUUAAGCGGGCAUAUCAGGAAGAAACAGAGAACACAGAGACAAACCACAACUCUGUUCCAACUCCCACUAGUAUAUUAUCUGGUGGUUUGCGUAUGCUGAGGUGUAGUGAUAACCAUACUUUAAAUGUUAGUGUUUCUUCUGUAAAUUUAGGCCAUACAAACAUUUUAGAAGCAGAAUUACUCUCAUUAAAUGAUCACAUACAUCUUACAUACCCAACAACACCAGUAAAAAAAAUUUGCAGAAAUAGUUGUAAACUAAGUCCAUUCAAUGCAAGAAGACUAUGGAGAGACAGAGAUAAUUUUGUAAUACAUUCUCUUACUUGUGAAACCCGAGAAUUGCAACCAUUAACAAAAUCUCUUGGCACCAAUAACAAAGUAAAUGUGUUUCAAUUUAAACCUAAUGAGAAGUUUGAUAUGAUUAAGAUGUUAUACCAGUAUGCAAAUGUGAUGCCUGCAAUAAUGAAAAUAUUUCAAUACCUGUCACAUGAAGAUGUUCAUAAUUUCACUAUGGUCAGCCAGCUGUGGCAAAAAGUGUGGGAAGAUGUUAGCAGGGUAAAAACGAUUAAAAGGGAAUAUGUACAUUUUCUAAGAAAUGCUAGGGAAAAUCAGGAAAAUAAAAUGUCUACACCAAAAAAUGGUUUUAAACAUCAAAUGAGGCCAUUAAUGGAGAUUCAUAAUAUUCAAUAUAACAACCAGCAAACCAGCUCCCAGAAGAGCCCUCCAGGAACACCUAGAACAAUCAAGUUUAAAAGAUAUGCUAAGGCAGCUGCAUUGGAUUCACGUAAACAGUUACCUUGCAUUAAGUGUCAACGACCUGCCAAAGUAACAGAAGAAAGCUCAGGAGAGGUGUGGGUUGAAUGCACAAGUAUUACCUGUUGUCACCAGUUUUGUAGGCUUUGCAUGGGAGAAAGACAUUCGGAUAAGAAAUGUAUUCAAUAUGACCUGGAUGGGCCAAGUCCAUCGAAAAGACAGAAAAACACAUAUUCCAUUGGUACAAAAAAAAGUAGAAAAAACUUAAAAAGACUCCUGUGCCCCUAACAUUCUUAGAGAUCAAAUUUUUAUACCAGUGAUUCUAGUAAUAAAAUGUAAGCAUUUCAUAUCCAAAGAUAUGAUUUAAAAAAUCAUUGUGUGAGAGAUUACUAUGAUAUAAAUUUAUAGUAAUUGGGAAAAACUAUGGUCUGAUAAUGUGCCAUUUAUAAUAAAUAAUAUAUAGCAUUAAAAUUCAUUUUAUGCCUCAUCAAGCAAGUCACAAUAUCUCUAAAAACGGUAACUUUUGUAUUGUAAAUUAUUAUGUUUAGUACUGUCUGCUGUUACUUAAUAGUUACUUUAUUUUCUUUAUUUAUUUAUGAUUGUAACUAUAUUGUUUUAUAUAUUGAUAAUUAAAAUUCAAAAAUAUCACAACCU